AUGGUCGGAUUCAGUGCCAUUUUUGUCUUUUUCGUUUACUUGUAUCUGAGCAAAGUAUCAGAAUGUGAUUCUUUAUCGAGAAAUCGGUGUCCGACCAUAGAGCUGAAGAACGGUCGAGUAAGAUUGCGUGCGGGCGGACGGGUAGCGAGGAUUAGUUGCCUACCGCCGUUCAAACUGAUUCGUGGUUACGAGGAGGCGAAUUGUGUUCGAGGGCAAUGGGACACCGAGAAUCCGAUUUGCGCCAGAGAAGGUUGUCUUAUUCAAGAGGUUGUACCUCAUGGAAGAUUGGAUGUUCUCUAUGAAGGUGCUAAAUUAGAAGUGAAAUGUGAUCUUGGAUAUACUAUAGAUGGUCCAAGUUACGUUUAUUGUAAUGAAGAUUUGGAAUGGAAUGAAGAAUUAAAAGGAUGUAAAGAGCAUGAUCAAAUAUUUUUAUCCUGUGAUUUCGAAUCGUCUGAUGAAAGAUUUUGUGGGUGGAAAAACGAUAUUUUUAACGACAUUGAUUGGUUGGCCGAUAAAGUUGCAUUCAUUUUAUUUACUACCAGGCGUCACGUGUCGCCCGGAUCUACUCAGUAUUUUAAAAGUAAUUAUAUAUCUUUGGAUGCUGGAAAUUACGGUUCCACUACUACCGGACGAUUAUUAUCACCAGCAAUUCUCCCAGCUAGAAGUAAACAAAGGUGUUUGAUAUUUGCAUAUAAAGUAAUGUCAGGAAAUUCGAACGGUAUUCCUAUUCUAAAAGUCACUUUUGGUGGCAUACCUCACUGGGAAUCUCACGAAGGACAAGGAAGAGUUAUAAUUGGGUUGUAUAAAAUUAAUAUUUCAACUAGAAUCAUAAUUGAAGGGAAAAGUUGUAAAGCAGCCAUUGAUAAUAUAAUUAUUACAGAGGGCGAUAGUUGUAAUGAUCUACCGUACGAAGAAGAGACAAACAGUUGUCAUGAUAAUUGUGGAAGAAUAACCUUGGGUAGGUGUUCAUGUGAUUGGGAAUGUUAUAAUAAUAACAACUGCUGCCCAGACCUACGAAUCAAAUGUCCGUAUAUCGUUCCAAUUGAAAAUAUCACCAGAUUAUAUUUAACUAAUGCAACUACUGUCACAAAGACCACGGUGAUGACUACAGAGAAAAAUACAAUUUUAAAUGUAACCGUUAAGAAUAUAACGACUUCUAGCCCCGUAAUAACAACUCCCGGACGCAAUGAUACUUUGACAAUUGACAAAAUAACCACAGCAAGUACUAUUAAAACUUCGAACAUAACAUCUACAUAUUCACCAGUGUCUAUGACGAAUUUAACAAUGACUGUAUCAAUUCCAUUGACUACAACGUCCACCGAAGUUCCGAAAAGUUCUUUAUUUGUUAAUUCUACGAUAUCUCGUCCCAUCAACCCCAAUUCAGUGACUACUAGUCCUAAUGUGUCCAUGACUAUUCCAAAUAUAGUGGUGAACAUUCAAAGUAAUUCUUCAACAAUAAUCAAAACCCCUUCUAUGACGAUAAUCCCUAGUAUCUCUAGUUCAACAAUAAAACCUUUAACCGUAAACAAAACUUUUGCUACCGAACAAUUAAAUAUUACACCUACAGCAAUCACCAAAUCUUUAAUGAUAAAUACCACUAUUUCUAUGACUACGAUAUUACCUAAUAUUUCUAACUCAACUUCCAGACCAGAUAAACUUAAUCCUACUAUGAAGGUGAUUUUGAUUCCUACUAUAAUUACUAAAUCUGCAGUGGAAAAUACUCCUUUAACGACUUCAACGUCAGUUUAUUUGUCUAACUCAACCUUCAAACCACUUAUUACAUAUUCAACACUGUCUACCGUGAAACUAAUGAAUUCAUCUAGCACAAUCACUAAGAGUAUAACUGACAAUUCCCCAUCAACUACAGCAUUAAUUAAUAAUUCUACUAAGUUAUCAAUUAAACCAAGUAUACAAGACAGUGAUGAACAGUUGGUUAACAAAUCAAUUAAUACUCAACAAACGAAACAGAAUACCAUAAUUAACGAAAAUAAGACAAUGUUAAAUAAUUCAACCACUCGCGUACUACCGAGUAAUGUUAAAUAUUUAAACGACUCCAUUGUAAAUGAUAAAAAUAUGGUCGUUUUCGACAUCUCUGGUCUAAACCCUAACCUAAAACCAUUUGAAUACAAUCAAACUUCAAACUAUAAAGAUCCCCUCAAUAUAACAACCGAAUCUUAUAACCUUUCGGAUAUGAGGAAUACUAGUAUAUCCUUUAAAAAUGAAAAACAAACAAAAGUUUUAAAAGUUCAUCAGAUACCGGAAUUAAACAAUUAUCUUCAUAACCAAUCCACGAAAAACAUUGAUAAUCUGUUGGCAGAUUCCGUGAAAAAAGACGAAAAUGCAAAAUCUUCUUACACAUUUGAUACCGUUACUAUUAUUAAAUAUAUUGCUGCACUCGGUGUCGUACUUCUCACUUUCAAGUUCACUCUGUCCUUUAUAUUGUUGCGUCUCAAUAAACCUUCCAGUGAUGAAAUGGGCGAACACUUCGUUGAAACCGAUAAUGAAAGUUCUUGCAACAUGGAACUGACGAUUAAUCACAAUCAAUGA